GCAAGUAAGAAACGGCGGAGUGCCAUGGCUGGGGCAUUUCUCUACCCGUGCCUGCUCUUCCUCGCCUCAAUCGCCACCGCUUCCUCGCACUCGCAGUGCCUCGACAACCCGCCGGACCUCAUGGCGCGCGGCCACGAGGCGGGCACGGUCGUCGCUGACCUCGCCGGCUUCAAGGCCUACGUCACCGGCGCUGCCCACUCCCACCGGGCCAUCGUCCUCGCCUCCGACAUCUUCGAGCAGAAGAGAAAAAAGAGGAUACAAGAGGAAAUGGAGGAAAUGGAGAGGGAGAGUGAGGGACGUGUGAUGCGAUGGCUAAACACUGAUGUUACUGCGCUCCGUCUAGAAGAGUUGGAAGAGUUCCAUGGAGAGCUUACUGCGCUGGAAUGCAUGGUCAAUGGAAGGUUGUACUGGUUGCUGCAACAAGCCAAGAAAAUGAAGAAAACACUGCCGCAAUUCCAUGGCAAGGAAACGUCAACUGCACAAUUCAUGUCCCCGUUCAAGAAUGUCAUGCCAAUGUCAAGCACUCCUUUCAGUUCUACCAAUGGUCAGUUCAUCAUUUCACGGCUUUGAGGCCGAACACCUUUUGGAAUAAUAAGUACUCUGAUGAUAUAAGAUUGCAUCGCUGGUCAUGAAUGUAAUGUAGUGACCAAAAAUAGUACUCCGUAUUACAUUGUGUGUUUCCUUAUAUUAACUUCAUAUGUUUACACCUUGAUGCUAUCAA